UCCAGCAGCAGCAUGAGCAGCAAUCGGAUAUGGAUGCCACAGUAGUUGUCCACCAGCAGCAGCACCAGCACCACCACCAACAGAACCACCACCACCAUCAGAACGCGCAACCCAUCGAUGCCCGUGCUUAUGCCAUGGCCUCCCUGGCCGCCGCCCUCGAGAUGCAGCAUCCGCUGCAGAAUCCCCAUCCCCUCCAGCACAAUGCCCCACGCGACGCCACCGACGAGGAGGUGGAGCUGUAUGCCAGCUUCGAUAAUGCCCCGAGCACCAGCCGGGUGGCCGCCCAAAUGCAGGCCGCCAAGGAGGCGCGCCGCAAGAGAUGGGCGGCCGAUGGGGCCAGCGGGAGCAGCGGGGACGGCGGUUGCGCCAGCGGCAGCAGCGGCAGUGGUCGGCGUUACUAAACCAACCCAGUGUGACUGAGUCAAAAUGUAAACCUAAUAUACGGAAAUUCGCCAAACCUUAAAUUGAAAAGAAAAACCAAAAAAAAAAAAAAAACCUCUUCAGCUGACAGCUAGAACCCGUUGGGAAUUAUAGCGUCGUAGAAGUAAAAAACUUCUUUGUUCUACAAAACUGUUCUUACUUUCAGACAAAAUUCGCCAAAAAAUAAAAUUACUAUGUACAAAAAUCAAGUUUCAAUGGCGAAUUUCUAAUAUUUAGGAUACACUUUUUAAUGAAUAUAACGAAUGAAUCUGAGCAGUGAUUGGGAGAAUAUUUUUUACCUAACAUAAAAAUCUUGAACCGCCUAACCUGAAUUCUAUUUUUAAAAAAUAAUUAAUUCAAGUGCUUUUUUUAUUUUCUAACCAUAUGCCUUAGCUUAAAUAAAAAGUGUAUUACUUUGUUUGGCACACUAUGGUUCGCAAAGCGAUUUGGUUAAAAUGUGCAUUCUUAUUUAUUUUAAAAAAAAAUUGGUAUAAACGAUAUUGUGUUUCAAAAUUAUAAUAGUUACUAAAGUUAAGUAAUUCAAGAAGGAUGUCCUUAUAAACAUAAUUUGGACAAAGGCGUUUUAUUUUUACAUUGCAAAACGUUUUGGAGUUUCGUUUAAAAAAUUUCCUUUUUCAUUUCAGUCACUCAACUUAAGUCGUAAUGUUUGGGCGCCAUUUGGUUUUCCUGUCAGUUCUAAAUUAUCGAAGUUUUAGACAUGAAAAAGGAAUGUUUCCAGAACAGGUUCCCUUAGUUCUUUAUAAAAUAAUAAAACGUUGUAAAAGAAAUUUUCGUAAUCUAAAUUUUCAUACCUAGAUAGGCCAUUGCAUUUGGGCAAAUAUUCAAAUUUAUAUAGAUACUUCUCAUCACUGUGUGCGUGGGUGUGUGACUGGUUGUGAGUGAUUUUUGUGUGUGAAUGCGACUAACCCAUCGCUCGAAAGGACGCCCGAACCAUCCAAAUCGAAACUGACAUUGUUAACUCUUACAUUCACCCCGGAAUGACAAGAGCCCCCGAUUUUUAGGGGGGUAUUUAGGGAGAGAGCGGAGGGAGACGGCGGCCCAAAACCCACCCCCUCCCGCCACCCUCUUCAGAAGAUAUUGGUGGAGGAUCCCAGGCAAAGGCAUAAGCAUUUUCUACAAGUAUUACCCAACAUAUAUACACUGGUCGGCAUAUGUAUUUUGACAAAAUAAAAGUUAAGUAUACUCAUAACUUGAAUAUACUUCUUGUAAACUAUAGGCAUCAAUGG